AUGGCUGGAAUCCUUGACUACAAGACCGCCCUCGAGGUCCUCAACUCUGAGUACAAGACCCGCGACGGUAUUGACGUGAUCACUUUGAUGGACUCAGUUACCCGCGGUGGCCUCACUUAUAAUGACUUUUUGAUUCUUCCUGGCAAGAUUGACUUCCCGUCUAGCGAUGUGUCUCUUGAAACCAAGUUGACCAAGAAGAUCACUCUCCGUGCUCCCCUUGUGUCCUCUCCUAUGGACACUGUCACCGAGUCUGAGAUGGCCAUCCACAUGGCCCUCCUCGGUGGUAUUGGUAUUAUCCAGCACAACUGUUCCCCCGAUGACCAAGCUGAAAUGGUCCGCAAGGUUAAGAAGUAUGAAAAUGGUUUUAUUUCUGACCCUAUUGUUGUGGCUCCCACCCAAACUGUUGGUGAGAUUAAGAAGCUCAAGGAGUCUUUGGGCUUUGCUGGCUUCCCCGUUACUGAAAAUGGCCAGGUCCCUGGAAAGCUUCUUGGUAUUGUCACCUCUAGAGACAUUCAGUUCCACGACAACAAUGACACUCCUGUUUCUGAAAUCAUGACUACAGAUCUGGUCACUGCCUCUGGCAAUGUUGACCUUCUUGAGGCCAAUGAGGUUCUCCGCAAGUCCAAGAAGGGCAAGCUUCCCAUUGUUGAUGCCGAAAGCAACCUUGUUGCUCUGCUUUCUCGAACCGACUUGCAAAAGAACCACAACUACCCUAAUGCUUCCAAGUCCAAGGAUAAACAGCUCCUUUGCGGUGCUGCCAUUGGUACCCGUCCUGACGACCGUGACCGUCUGGCCAAGCUUGUUGCUGCUGGCCUUGACGUUGCUGUCAUUGACUCUUCCCAGGGCAACUCUGUUUUCCAGAUUGAGCUCAUCAAGUGGGCCAAGGCUACUUUCCCUGAGCUUGAGGUUAUUGGUGGCAAUGUUGUUACCCGCGAGCAGGCUGCCGAGCUUAUUGCUGCCGGUGUUGAUGGUCUGCGUAUUGGUAUGGGCUCUGGCUCCAUCUGCAUUACCCAGGAGGUUAUGGCUGUUGGCCGUCCCCAAGGCACUGCUGUCUACAAUGUCACACAGUUUGCCAAGCGCUUUGGCGUCCCCUGUAUUGCCGAUGGUGGUAUCCAGAACAUUGGCCACAUUACCAAGGCUCUUGCUCUUGGUGCCUCUGCUGUCAUGAUGGGCGGUCUCCUUGCCGGUACCACUGAGUCUCCUGGCAAGUACUUCUACAAGAAUGGCCAACGCCUUAAGACUUACCGUGGUAUGGGCUCUAUCGAGGCCAUGGAGAAGCAGGGCAUCAAUGACAAUGCUGCCACCAGCAGAUACUUUUCUGAGUCAGACUCUGUCUUUGUUGCUCAGGGUGUUAGCGGCUCUGUUCUUGACAAGGGCUCAAUCACCAAGUUUGUGCCUUACUUGAUUUCUGGUCUUGAGCACGGUCUCCAGGACAUUGGUGUCAAGAGCAUUACUCAGUUCCAGGAAAGCGUUUCCGACGGCACUGUUCGCUUUGAGUUCCGCUCCACCAGCGCCCAGGUCGAAGGUGGUGUUCACUCGCUGCACUCUUACGAGAAGAGACUGCACAAUUAA